CCCUUCCCCACCAUCGUCUCCCCUUUUCUCCCCCUUCUCUGCCAUGCCUUUCCCAUUUCUCCCCUUUUCCGCCAUCGCCAACUAUUUGGAGGAGUUCCGGAAAUGGCAGUACGUGCAUUAUUUCUUCUGGUUCUGGGUGGGUGGAGUUCCGGCUUUACUGGGGAUGCUUGUGCUUGCUCUGAAAGAUCGUUUGCUGACCUCGGUAGCCGUAGUAGCGUUUUUCUAUGCCAUUUACUGUGCGGCCAAGAUUUGUCUGAAUGGCAGGUGGUGGCCCCUGGAAGGAAUGACGUUGCGGCUGAUGCAUUGGACUGGUAGAGCUCCUCUCCAGGUGGGCGGUUUCAUUUUCGCCGUUGUGAUUGGCAUACUGGUGACGAGAGCGGAGUUGAAACCCUGGGUUGUUCUGGCAUACACCGUGUACGCGUACUCCUUCUCUCGCUUUAUGAUGUUCCGGGUGACCUUCGACUUUACGAGCGCCUGGAUCUGCACCACGGCAAGCACCGCCUGGGGCGUGGUAGUGCUAUGGAAUGAUGAGGGUGGGUUUGUGGGUAAGAAUUUGGAACAUGCGGUGCCUAUCUCCUGCGUUUUGGUGCUGUUGAUCUGCCUUGGCAAGUACCUGGACGAGUACCGUCCGGCCACAGAUAUGAUCUACGACAUGGGGAGGGCAGGUGCGUGUGGAUUCCAGGAGAGACCACCGAAUUCCGAUCCUCCUCCUGGCUUCAUCCAGCCAACCGAGAGUGGGCAGGAUGAGCCGCGGAAUGCUACUGUUUCGCAUGAUGAUGUGGAGGCGAUGCAGGGAAGGUCUUCUUCCGAAGAACGUGCUGCCCUUGAAACGGAAGCGAUGUUGGUCCGCGAGUCCGGCGGCGGGGCGAUGGUGGGUUCGUCUUCUUCCACAGGACUUGCUGACGGGAUAUUGGCCCGCAGGUCCGGCGGUGACGACUUCAGGUCAAGGAGUAUUGAUUUCACGAUCGGCGUGCUGGAGUUUGUGGGAUUGAAGGAUAAGGAGAAGACCCGGUCUCGCUCCAUGUGAGAUGGGGAAUUGGAAUCGAAGUGAGGAAGAGCGCGAGCAGAGUGAGAGAGCUCAGCGAUGGAUUGCGAGAAAACACUUUUUAUUGUUAAUCAAAGUGUGGGACAGCACAGCACCCAUGCCUUGCCUUCCACCGCUAUUAUUUUGUUAUCUUCGUUCUUUUAGUAUUCUUGUUAUUAAUUCCGGUUAUUUUUCUAUGGAGUAUGGCAAGAAUCAAGCUGGAAUGUGAAAAACCAUGGUCUUAAUUUGUUUCAAUGAUUCACUGAUUCUAGCUAGUUUCAAUUAUUUUUGUUUAGUGUACUGUACUCCCGUCCAAACAUUUUCUAGUAAUAUUUUAUGAAUUCAACUCUAAGUUUCUAUACUUGUCAACAACACCCGUCCAUUGUGCAUAAGAGAACGAGCGAUCAAUCCUUCCUCCCCAUUGUAUCAGUGAAUUCAUCGCUCCCUCUCGCGGGAAUAAGAAAGGUCCGACUGUUAAAGCGAUCAAGACAUAGGAGAAGGGGCUUUUAGGUUUUAUUUUUAAUUGGGCCCAAUUUACUGGGCUUUGCUCUGUCGGUUGAUGUUGGCCCAAUAACAAGAUUCCCUCCUAGACCUAGUAGUUCAAUGCCAAUCUCAGCUACAAAGUGAAAGGAAUUGAGCAACAUUGAGAAUAAUUAUUAAUUAAUUAUAGUUGAGAAAGGUCUGACUGACUGUUACACCGAUCAAAAACUUAAACGAUAGUAAUAAUUAUAGAUUGUUUCCUUAUAUCCAAAUUUGGCCAGCUUGAUCAUAUCGCAUUAUAUUUCACAUGAAUAACAUAAUAUCGAAAUAAAAUGGAAAACUAAAAUUAAAACUUUCUUGUCAUAUUUAAUUCUUUUAAUAAUCAAACUUGUGUCUUUCAUUCGUUCAGAUAGACUACCCCUGAAAAGGUCCAUCGGUAGAAAGCACAUGAAGAUGAAAGGAUACAAAUUACAACAUACAAAAAAUGCCAAGGCAUAAGCCCAUUCAUAAUUAAUCAACAUCUCCACAAGGGUCGCAUUUUAAUAAAGAAAGGAUGAAGUCAUGAAGAUGGGUAUGCCCAACGUAUUUUGGCUGGAAUAGAAUGCGAAUGGUUGCUUUCUUGGAGAACAAGAGAUUGACAAUGAGUGACUCGAAUCAAACUGCUAUAACAGAUUUAUUAAGAGGUUAUCUUCCUAUGUUUGUACUUUUCGCUACCAAAUAGCACAUAGAAAUAACUCAUAUAUUUGGUACAUCUAAAUAAUAAUAAAAUUUAAUCUUCAAA